AUGUCUAUAAACACCACAGUGCCUGUGAGUGUGAGUACUAUAACAGUGAACUCCAGUGUAUUGGAAACCCAGACGUUUACGUAUUCUAACACUUAUAAUAUCUUAAACUGCAUAAAUGUCAUCACCGCACUGGUUGGUGUGACCCUUUGUUGUUUCGUCGCUAACAUCGUCAGAAAGUUGGACGACAACGAUCUCAGAUCGAGAUUCUCGUUGUUAAGUAUUCUCAUUUGUGACGUCAUCCUUGCUUUGUGCGAUCUGCCUAUAAGCAUCUAUGAGCUCACUCUCAUAGACCAGAAACGCUUCGACCAUUUAAAGUGUCCCCUUGACAAUGUUAGUUCGACAGGGACUAGUCUUUUCAUAAUGCCCUUGGUCCUCUCUUUGAUGUGUUUGGCCCUGGACCAGGUUAUUGCAGUGUUCAAACCGCUGUAUUUCAGAACAAGCGAAGGUACCCGACGCAGGAUCAUAUAUGGUGCUAUAACAUGUAUUCCAGUACCUCUAGCUUCGAUCAUGUUAAUUUACUUUUCUUUGGAGAUCACGAAAUCGUCAUAUUACACAGAAAGUUACUGUGAAAGUUUCACGAAAGCAGUUUCAGAGUUGUUGUCAUAUCAGUUUGUUAUUGCUGUUCCGUUAGCAGUCUCUACUCCUGUGAUCUAUGCUGUUGUCUUGUGGAAGAUAUCUGGGCAAAGUUCCGUUCAUUCUGACAAUCCUGUUGAAAGUAUUGAAAACCGGAGACUGGUGAUGAGUUUUUUGUUCUUGAGUGCCAGCUACGUCUUGCUGUGGAUCCCGACACUUGCUUACUUCAUUUUCUGCCACUACAGUAGCAACGGCUGCUGGGAGGAAGAGACCACUGACACGUCUCUUGUCUUGUUCAUCAUCUUUACCUUCAACUUCAUCAUUGAUCCCGUCACAUGCGCAGUACGAAUGGAACCCAUCAAGCAGAGAAUUAUUCUAAUGUUCAGAUUUCGUUGA